GGUCUGCUCAGCACGUGGCUUUGCGCAUGUGCACUGACUGGAAUGAAUAUUUGGAGGUGGAGCUAGAUAGUUAGAGGUGGAGUUUUGAGUUGAUCGUGCAAUUGCAAUUAUAGAGCUCUAGUUACUCUCGAUCUCAUAUCAGCUAGCUAGCUUAGCUAGUUAGUAAAAUGAACUUGUGGAGCAGAGUCUGAGGCCAGAGGGGGGUCCUGGAGCACCCUCUGCCCCCCUCUGGCUACGCCACUGAGCAAAGAGUCUAGCUACUACCUAAAACUUCCUUUCUUCAAUAGUGAACAUGUGGCAUUCAGCUACUGCGCAUGCUCAACUUCUUAUCCUGGGUGGGCUUAUAAUCGAGUGAAAAUACCCUUGUGUAAGAACUUCGAAGCAUGCAAAAGAGGGGAUGGGCGUUUAUUCAAGAUGGGCUUAUUUUCGCGAGGGUACGGUAGUCUUGCCACAGAUCUUCAGAUUAGAUAUCAACAAGGGCUAUUGCUUGUGAAUGUUUUAAUUGUGCAAGUGGGCAAUAACUCGGCAUUUCUUUAGGUAGCUGUAUACGCUCACUGUAAGACCAAUGGCUAGUUGUGAGCAAGGAACUAUAGAGCAAGCUUCCCUUCAUGAAACUCCUGCACCAGAUGCCAGCAGAGAUGCCACUGAAGCUACACCACUCGUAACAAGUAAUCACAGUAAAUAUAGCAAAAAGAAAAGUGUGGUGAUCAAAUCAAAGGCUGCAAUAAUGAUUCUUAUUUGGACUGCCUUAAUGUCUUUGAUAUAUGGUGGUUUUCUGAAUCCUGACAAUUAUUUCUUACUCACUUACCUAUUGAUGAGAGUAAACCAAGUAGGGCCAGUACUUAACAGUGAGAUGAUAGAUAGUGGCAUAUAUGCUGUAUUUGCUUUCUGGCUCCUCUUCUAUCCUCUAGCUGGAUACUUGGCAGAUGUUCGAUAUGGAAGAUAUAAGGUUGUGAGAUGUAGUGUAUGCACCAUGUGGUGUGGAUUUUUGACUGUGGUUGUUAUCGGUGGUAUUGUGAACGUCAUCUUGAUGCUAUUAAAUUUUAUCGACUCCACGCCUCUAUCAAUUUUUAUGGUGGUGGUGAAUUGUGCACUUGGACUUUUUCUACUUUUCUCUUUAUUGAUUGGAUUUGCUGGAUUUUUAGCCAAUGUUAUUCAGUUUGGGGUUGACCAAUUAAAUGAUUCUCCUUCUAAAGACAGCUUUCUUUUCGUUCAUUGGUUUCUCUUCACACUUUAUAUUGGAAUAAGCUUUGGAAAACUGGUAUGGAGUGCAGGUAAUGCCACUGGUUUCUUAAGCUUUUCUAUAUUUGGACUUGUCCUGUUAGUUGAGCUGAUUUGUGUACCAGUAACAUUCUGUGUUGCUAAGCGCAGGUGGUUUGUUAUUGACAAUGGCAUUGGUAACCCUUACAAAGAGGUUGCAAGAGUUGUCAACUUUGCAAGAAGAAACAAGAUUCCUAUUCAACGCAGUGCCUUUACAUUCUGGGAGGAUGACAUACCCACUGGACUGGAUCUAGGCAAGGACAAGUAUGGAGGACCAUUCACAACUGAGCAGGUGGAGAAUGUGAAAUCCUUUUUUGGAAUCUUUAUCCUUUUAUUUUCAGUAGGACCAUUUUUCACGGCUGAUAUUGCUGCAACACCUUUUCUCAGUAUACUUAGAGAUCACAUGGAGGCAGAUAUUUAUUACAAUUUGUCAUUUUUUAGUGUGAGUAAAAUUGUUUACUCUAUGUUCACUAAUGGUAGCACUCUGUACCCCGUCUUUUUAAUUUUUUUUGUUCCUAUUUUUCUCAAGUUUAUUCAUCCUCUGUUUCAAAAGUACUUCCCUGGUAUUCUGAGGCGAAUUGGAAUUGGUCUUUGUCUUAUCACUGUUAGUCUGUUUUGCUCGCUAUUUGUUGAGACGUUUGGUCACCUCCCUAGCAGCUAUAAUGCUACUAUUUCAAUGUUUGCUCCUGGACAUUUUGUAUAAUUAUGAUGGUGUAAAUUACCCAUAUCCUUAUUUUGUUGAUGCUCCCUCCCUUAAUGUCUCCCCAUACAUUCUCAUUAUUCAGCAAGUCCUUAUUGCUGUGGCCUAUGUCUUUAUCUAUGGUGGAGUGUUUGAAUUCAUCUGUGCUCAAA